UCGMCUACAGACCUCUGCACCAGCGGCUCCUAUAGCUCSCAUGAUCAGAAUUUAAGAGUUUCAUCACCUCCAAAAAACUCUACUUACAACAUCAUAGAAAGACUACUUAAUACAACCACAUCACUGUCUACCCGAUUCCAAACCACCUCUWCCUGGUCAUCUCUAACUGGCAUGGUCAAAUUCAAAGGUUUUUUAAGUAGAUACAAAGCGUUUGGCAGCAAAACUAAACGUCUUCGAAUAGUUACAAUAGAACAUGGRCAAUACACUUAUCAAGUCAGCAAAACAUUCCCGAGGUGUUCUGYGGGCGUAGUUCAUUGUGAGCAACAUGAUCAAACGUGCGAAAUAGGUGUCCCGGCAACGCGUUAUAACAAUAAAACAAGCAAUGGUACUUAUGAGCCAGAACGAAUAUGUAUAGCAGGCUUGAUGAUCCAGUUGUUGUACUUGUUCAGAGCCGAGCUUACGUUUGAGUACGAUCUGUACAUAGUGAAAGAUGGKAAAUAUGGAGGUGUUGACGAAAAAACUGGGAAGUGGAAUGGAAUGAUAGGCGACCUUCUCGAUGGUAAAGCCGACAUGGCUCUCGCUACGUUAACAACCACARGGGAUAGAUUAAAAGUGGUCGACUUUUCCUAUCCUUAUGGCGAAGUAGGAAUCGGUCUUCUCACCGCYGCRUCAACAGAUGGAAUCAAGACUGAGAUCAACACAGAUUUCAUCCAGCCUUUUACACCACUUCUUUGGGCAGUYAUUUUUAUUUCCAUUGCCGUUGUGUUGACUGUGGUAUGGAUUCUUGAUAAAGUCAGUUGGACUUGGUACUUAAAGAAUAGAUGUGCUCGUGUAUUCAAGAGAAGGAUAUAUUUCCUUGAGAGCAUGUCUUUUGUAUGGAGCACAUUUGUUCAUAUUCCUUCAGGCAGUGGGCUCCCUGGAAGUGAAAGCUCUCGUUUCGUUGCGUURUUUUUUGGCUUUGCAAUGGUUAUUGUCAGCGCGAGCUACACUGCGGAGCUGGCUGCGCGUAAAGUCAAACAAGAAGUCAUUCCUCCCAUUACGGGGAUCUUUGACGAAAAGAUGCUAAAUCCACCAGAAGGAUUCAAGUACGCCACACUUCGGGACAGCAGCACUGAAGCUUUCUUUAAGAACAGUGAAGAUCCCAGAAUGAGGCAAAUCUACAACAACAUGAAGGACAACAAUGUACUGGACGUUGAAGUGGGUGUGAAAAAACUUGCCAAUGGUGAAUUUCAAGUGUACAUCGACGACCGUCCAUACUUGGAGCAUCUCGUUUCUUCUAGACUAAACUGUUCUUUGAGAGUCGUGGGUGAUUCACUAGGMACAUCCGGGUACGCUGUUGCUCUGACGAAAAACUCCGAAUGGACCAAUCCGCUCUCACUAACUAUCCUAAAAUACAAUGAAAACAACAUWAUUCAAGACCUUUGGGGAAAAUGGCUCAAGAGAAAGUGUAUUAGCAAGGAYGAAUUUAGCAAAGGUCCUUCAGGGCUCACUGUGGAUGAUUUAAAUGGAUUAUUUUUAACUAUAUUAAUUGGGAUGGGUUUUGGUAUGGUUGCACUAGUGUUUGAGAAUGSAAUACAGYAUUUGCGCGUGCGUAGAAAGAACGACGUCACACUUUCAGAAAACAGGMUSAGUACCCGUGAGGGUGAAGGAGUUGCCGUUGAACCCUCGACCAAUGGAGUUCGACUUGUUAGUCAUUUUAGCAAUGGAGGAUUCGAUGAGACGGUCGAUAGUAAUGAUAUCUAUAGGAAUGGAAGAAAAAUGCACUAAUUAUUAAUAUAGGAUAAUAACGAUUAAAUUAUAAGAGCUUUCAAGCCGUUCCCCGUUGUUCUACAUCGCUCUUCCCCGAUUGUUGUUGCGUCUUCACAACAACAAG